CCGGCCUCGACCUCAGCCCCGACCUCGGCCGCCCAUGGGGAGUGCGCCCCGGGGGCGGCUCGGCAGUAGGAGGCAGCGGAGAGACUCCGACUCCCUUCGCGGCCCCACUCGCCCGUAGCCCGGCGGGGCAUGCCCGGCCCAAGGAUGCCGGCCUGGGGGAUCCUGCCCAUCACGCUGCCCGCCUUCACCAUCACCGGCAUGUGGAUCGUGUAUGCCAUGGCCCUCUCCAACAACCACAUUUGCCCUGUCCACAACUGGAAUUACAACCAGUCGUGUGGUGUGGACGGCCCUGGCUCUUGCUGCACACUGGACCACAUCCCCCUUGUCAGCAAGUGUGGCACCCUGCCUCCUGAGAGCUGCUUCUUCAGCCUCAUCUGUAGCCUGGACUCCUUCAUGGUCAUCCUGGUGGGGCUGCUGCGCUAUGCCCACCUCCUGGAGCGCCUCGGGCCGUCCCUCCUCAACACCCUGGGGUUAGCUACUGGCUGGGUCUGUGCUGCCGGCCUCACCAUGGUUGGCAACUUCCAGGUGGAUCGUGCCAAGGUGCUGCAUUACAUCGGGGCAGGGGUGGCCUUUCCUACCAGCAUGCUGUUCCUGCUGCUUCAGUCCAUCCUCACCUACCGCAUGGCCAAAACCCGUGGACAGUACUGGACUGGCCACUUACGUAGCAUCCUCACCGCUGUGGCCUUCCUCACCCUUGUCUUCAGUGGUGUGUUCUUCAUCCAGGAGAGCUUCGUGCUGCAGCAUGUGGCAGCCCUGUGCGAGUGGAUGUUCAUUAUUGAUGUCCUGGUCUUCUAUGGCACCUUCACAUUUGAGUUUGGGACCAUCUCCACAAACACCUUCUUGGUCCUGCUGAAAGCCAGUCAGACCCCUAAAAGUUAUAAGGGUGAGAGUGGCAUGUCCAACACAGCCCAAAUCCAGAGCCACUCAGAGUCCCUGGCCAUGGCCUGACCCCAUAGGAGACAAGCUCAUGGUGGGGACCCCCAAACUAGGCUCUGCCAGUAGCUCCUCUGCCUUGACUGUCUCCAAGACCACAGCUGCCUUGGAGUGCAUGUGUGCAUACAUACGGGCAUGUAGUGCCCUCCCCUUCUGGUGACAGCUGCAGCUGGAGCUCCUCUGGCAGCGAGUGUUGCCUAAAGGAGCUACAUCCUCCCUGCCUGCAGCGUUUGGGGCCUCUGUUGGGGCACAGGGAUGCUGACCUGGUGCUGCUAUUGGCAGAGCUGAGAUUUGCCCCUGCACCUCCCUCUAGGCUUGCCUCAUCUGAGUCAGCGACUAUUCAGAGGCAUCCUUCUGUAAGAGACAUGGGGGAAUGGGGGAUCACCCUCCCUUCCCGCUCUCAGCCUGAUGGGAAGAUCACUGUGCCUCCCUCUUCUGUGGCCAUGCACGGUGGGAAGGUUCAGCAGAACAAGCCUUCCAGACGGCUGCUGUGACUGUCAGAGGAGCCAGAAAACCAGAGUGCCUUUUGCCCUUUUCAGGGAGGUGAUGGCAGUGCUAAUCUGCACCCUCAGUGUCAGUAACAGUGAGGGGUCUCUCCAUGCCUGCCUGCAGAAGUGCUUUCUGCUCCUGCAGGAUGGCACCAGCAGCCCCGGCUGGGCCACACUGGCCCUUCUGGCCAGGGCUCUCACCGCUCAGGGCCUUCCAUGCUUCCACCUGGUGACUUUACCGUAUUUUUUCAGCUUCGAGAACUGCUGAGGCAGGUUUCAGCUCCUAGGCUACAGCGUUCCUGUGCUCCCUGGUGGUCGGUUAGGUUAGGGAAUGUUACCUGCAUUUACCGGCACACCUGUAAGCGGAGUGCUCACGAAGCAGCGGGGUUCUCCGUGGUGCUGCUAAGCUGAGGUGUUUGGCAGAAAGCCUGCACCCUCCAGCCCUGGCCUCCCAGCCCAAGGGUGGGCCACUAGGGAAGUGCGGGCACAGAAAGAGAAACCGUUUCUGCAGGGACCGAGGAAGCUCAUGCCCUGCUUUGGUGAUUCUUAAACUCCCAAGUCCGUCCUCCGGUGCCUGUCCCAGCACUCUGCCCAGCCUGACCUGGGGCGUCUUGGGCAAGGGCUGGAGUGGAGGCCUGGGGUGCAGCCAGCUGAAAGGUGUGUGUGCGUUUGUAUGUGUGUAUAUAUAUAGACCUACAUACAUAUACGUAAGAUUUCUCUUGUCCCGGGAGAGGGACGUUUGCUGCUGCUGUGUGCAUUGAUCAGGUUGGGCUUCCUAGUUUGCCCACCUUCUCAAAACUGGCCUUUAAAUCCACCAGUAUACGUAGUUCUGACUUUUAUAUCUAAUAUAUGUUUAAAUGUAUAUAUAUAUAUAAAAAGAAUAGUAAAUUUACAAUAAUAAAGGCAAAAACCAGCGCA